CUGGACGUCAUCACGCUGAUGGUGGACCUUCUCAAAUGCUUCGAGAUGGUGGCGCCCGAGGUUCUGGUUCGAGAGGCGAUGGAGGUCAACUUCCCGCCCAGGCUGGUAUGGCUACUCAUCCAGCUCUAUCGGCAGCCACGCGUCGUUCGAGCACACGGCAGCAACAGCGAGUUCUUCAUCUCCUUCCAAGGCAUCGUGGCAGGUCGGCUGGGAAUGCAAGCCCUCGGUGGCGCUUGGGAGUUCGUCAACGGGCAGAUGAGCGCUCAGCCUAGCUGGAGCCGAGUGCGUGGCCCACUCGGGGCUCUGUGGCUCACCUUGCAUCGGAUCGGCUGGCGGCUUACCUCAGCGACCACCUUCGAGUCCGACCUUGGCACUGUCCUCGACCUGAAUCAGAUGGCGCCCAGAGACGUUCGAGACCAGGUCGUCCAGGGGGUCACGCGCUGGCUGCUGGCGCGCGCGGAGAGCCACAUCGAGACACACAAUGGCGAGCAGUUCUGGUACCGCGGCAUCAGGAGGUGCGUGGAGAAAGCAGUUCGGGACCCUUCCGAACGCGGCUCGCUGCAGUGUGUCUGGACUGAUGCGAUGUGGCCUCGGCAGAAAAAGUACGAGAAACGCUUGAUUGACUGUGGUAAGUGCCUGGCAUGCGGUGCUGAGCGUGAGACAAACGCCCAUCGUCUGUACAAAUGCCCCGCCCUCCUGGACCCCGCCCUCCACGAGUCGGCCCCGUCUGAAGCGAUUCUCAAGGCCCGUGAGCGUCUCGAUCGCCUUGCUUGGGAGUCGGCCCAGGCCGCUGGGAUCACGCCGUCCGUCACACAUGGGGCCUCGGUCAGCGGGGUCUCAGACGCGGUGCUCAAGCCGAUCCGCUCGAUCGCUGCGCUGCUGGCAGGAGUGCGCCCGACGGGGAGCAUAUGCAUGGGCAUGCUCAUGCAGGACCAGCCCCACUACGAUCCACUGUAUGCGGCGACCACUAACAUCGUCUUCAUGUACGCGAGCAUGCUGUGGGAAGGUCGACUGGGAAUGCAAGCCCUCGGAGACGCUUGGGAGUUUGUCAACGGGCAGAUGAGCGCUCAGCCUAGCUGGAGCCGUGUACGUGGCCCACUCGGGGCGCUGUGGCUCACCUUGCAUCGGAUCGGCUGGCGGCUUGCCUCAGCGACCACCUUCGAGUCCGACCUUGGCACUGUCCUCGACCUGAAUCAGAUGGCGCCCAGAGACGUUCGAGACCAGGUCGUCCAGGGGGUCACGCGCUGGCUGCUGGCGCGCGCGGAGAGCCACAUCGAGACACACAAUGGCGAGCAGUUCUGGUACCGCGGCAUCAGGAGGUGCGUGGAGAAAGCAGUUCGGGACCCUUCCGAACGCGGCUCGCUGCAGUGUGUCUGGACUGAUGCGAUGUGGCCUCGGCAGAAAAAGUACGAGAAACGCUUGAUUGACUGUGGUAAGUGCCUGGCAUGCGGUGCUGAGCGUGAGACAAACGCCCAUCGUCUGUACAAAUGCCCCGCCCUCCUGGACCCCGCCCUCCACGAGUCGGCCCCGUCUGAAGCGAUUCUCAAGGCCCGUGAGCGUCUCGAUCGCCUUGCUUGGGAGUCGGCCCAGGUGUUCGCGGAGUACCAGUUCGAGGUGGCACGUUGUUCGAGAGAUGCUUUCGCAAAGCUGGGGCUGUUCAAGCUUGCUGUGAAAAAGGCUGUUAAGUUCACGAAAGCGAGAAUCAGGAACGCACCUGCGUCCACAACAGAAGAGAAGCUUUCGGCAUGCGUGGGGUUCUCGAGGGCGCUGGACCGCAAUGACUGGAAGAACGCUGGGCGCAUUCAAGCCUCAUGCCCCCGUCUUCGGGGCGUGCCGGUGGACCAAGGGGCUGCGGCGACGCAGGCCUACAGGGAUUUGCUGGCCCAUUUGCAGGAACUUGGGCACGUCUCUGUUAAAGAGCGCGUGGACGAGCUGAAGCGGGUGCGCAAAGGCAUGCCGGAGAUUGUGUAUAAGCAGAGGAAGGACGGCAUUCUUUCCUCUCUACGCCGUUUGCUCCCUGGCGCUACUUGCGGUCUCUCGGCCGUCAGGGAUCGCAGUGGAGGUAUUGUUUCAGAGCCGGAGGCGCUAGCUACUGCACUGACGUCAUAG